UUUUCAAAAUGGAGACUAUCGACACUGCAACACCCGACAAAAAACUGAAAAAUUUGUUGUCAUCAUUCAUUUCUAAACCAAAAUAUGAACAGAGUUCCAAAAGAAAGCGAUCUUUCACAGAAGAGUUAACGGAGACCAGUGUUGCUGCUUCACAUGAUAAAGAAAUUCCACAGUGUGCACCAUCUGGAGAAAAAAGGAAGAAUGUUGAUUCCCAAGAUGAGGAAGCUUUUUUCGAGAGGGUUGAAUCAUAUGAUAUGAUGUCAUGGUUUGCCAAGCCAUUAGACUUAUCUCCGCUGAUUUGUUCAAGAUAUGGAUGGAAGAAUAAAGAAACAGACAUGUUGCAAUGUGUUGGGUGUAAAGCAGUUCUGUGUGGUCAGCUACCAAAAAGAGCUAACAGUCUUAUAUAUCAUGAAAGCUGCAUGAAGCUAAAAGAUAAUCUCAGAAAUGCACAUCUGAAGUCUUGCUUUUGGCCAGCUUAUCCAAGUCCAGAAAGAUAUUCUUAUAUUCCAAUCAAAGACAGAAAAAAACUUGUGUGCUGUAUAAAAGAAUACAUAGAUAGUCUACAAAAAGUUCAAGGUCGUCUUCCUGAAAUCUCACUGAAAUCGUUUGAAGAAAAGGGUUUAUCAGCAAAUCAUUUGGAAGAGAUGAAGUGUACUGCAGAGAAACAUUUAGAAAACCAUAAUUUAGACAAUAUUGAUCUAGGAACAUUUAGUAUGGCCAUUACUGGAUGGAAAGUUAGUGAUCCAAAGACAGGACUUAUAGUUUGUCAUUUUUGUAGACGAAAAGUAGGUUUAUGGAAUUAUGCAUGUAAAAAUGCUGAAGACAGUUAUAUAGAUGAUUCAGUUUCAAGUGAAGAGUCUGAUGUGGAAGCAACAAAUUCAACAAAGACUAAUGGAAUUAAAGUUGAUGAAAUAUCUAGUAAAACAGACAGUAAAUCUUCAUCAGAUGAAGAAGUAGCUACUGGAACAAAUGGAAAUUCAGCUGAUGAUCAACCAAUUGUUAGUCAUCAGGGUGACCAGCAAUCACUGGAGAGUGGAUUUAAUUUUUCACAGCCAAACUUUUUGGACCCUUCAGCCAGUUCUGAAUUACAGCCAUUAUUAUUUGACGACAAUCAGUAUAUUUUUUCGCAGCCAAGCUGUGUUGUUAAAGAUCUUAAUCAUGUUAAUGAGAUGGAUACAUAUGAAUCAAGUCUUGGUGAUACAAAUGUUAAGUGCAAUAGUGAAAAUAAGGAAAGCCCGGUGAAAACAGACUUAGGAAGUCCUGCAAAGGCAGAAAGUGUAGAAACAUUAAGUUGUGAAAAACUUGAUGGGGAUAAUGAAAAAUGCAAGGACUCUUAUUCAGUUGACGAUGCACUAACGCUGAAAUCGACAGGUCAAACAAAUCAAGACUCAAUUAGUUUAAGAAACAAUCUAUCUGCCCAGAAUGAUGGUCAAUGUCCAGUACAGGACACAGAAAGCCAGCCUAGAAGGAAGAAAUUGAAAAUAGUGAAAAAGGAUCAUUUCAACCCUUUGGAAGAACACAGGUAUUGGUGUCCUUGGAUAAACAAAUUACCAGAACAAAUAAGUUACUCUCCACAGAAGAUUUCAGAAGUGUCCCAAAGUGAAGGAGGAAAAACAAGCUAUCCAUGGGAACAUGUCUUGCAAGUAAUAUGUCCAUCCUUCUUUGAUGUGCCUCAGGAAGAUUCCAUGUCGGAACAUUUCAAGCAACAUUCUCCAGUAGCAGGAUUGAGGCAGCUUAGAAAGUUGAUGAAAGACUGGUCAAAUUGAUUUAACAGAAAAGACAUUUACUACUGGUGCAGUUUGGAUCUUUUGAGGGAUUUGAUUUUGGGUUGUGUAAUUAAAAGCAUUGACUGAUUUAAAAAAAACAAAAAUAGGCAUAAUACUUAUAUGUUGUAUGUACAAUUUGCAACAAAAAAAUACUAUCUUGUACACUGACAAUUUUACACUUUUUUUAGCUUAGAAUUCAUUGUAUAUCAGCAUUUUCAUACAUUUCUUGUGCCAUUUGUGUAUUUCAUAAUUUAGUGCUAUUUUUCAAAUCAUCUCAAUUUCAUUAUAUGACUUUGUUAUUUAAAAACUCUCAGAUAUUUUGUUAUUGCCAUAUUUUUGUCAUUCGGGAGCAAAUUGGCAAUAUUUUUGUAAGUCAGGAGCACAUUUCAUUAUGAAUACUGUUGAUCAUUAUUAUUCAUGGGAUACCAAUUUUUGUUGGACAUAGGUAAACCACAAAUUUAAAUGUAGAAAGAAGUACACAUUUCUAAAGGCUUGUAAAUAGACUAUGGCAGAUCCACAAAUGAAUUAUCCACGAAAAUACAAGUUUUCCUCAAUUCACGAAAAUUGGUAUCCACAAAUAUAAAUAAAUACACAGUAUGUUAAAAUAAUAAUGUUCCAUCAACUCCAUUUAUGUUUACUUUUUAUACCUCUUCCUAUCCAAUAGCUUACAAAAUUAAUUAAUGCCCAGCCCAUUAUUGCAUAACACAAGUUGUAAAGAUUGAUAAGUUUACCUAUGUACCUCCAAGGUCAAAGUAAAUAAUUACGGUUUUAAUGUCGAACAAAAAAAAACAAACAUCAUGGUCACAGUCUAAGUUUAUGUAGUUAGCCCUGAGUCUAAAUAUAGAAGAUUUUAAAUACCGACACAAUGUUUGGAUAUGUUGAUAUAUAUGGAGGUUUUUAACGACCUUGACUGGCUAUACAGCCCUUGCACGGUUGGUGAAUAUGUUGAUGGAUGAUGAUGUAACUUUUAUAGUCAUGACUCAUGAGUUAAGAUUACAGGUCAAGGUCACAAAUGUAAUUCUUAAUCUACUUUACAGUGUCUACUAGGCGUGCUGUUUUCAUGUAACUUAUGAGUCACUAAAAGAUUUAUGGAAUAUAUAGGCGUUCCUUUUUUUUCCCAUAGGUUAUAUUUUAAAUCAGAAAAGAACAGGUCUAACACUGGACAGGGUUUCAAAAGCUCUGUUCUUAUAAAUUUAUUAGAUAAGACCCUCAGUGUCAUCACUUACUUUUGUUUUUCUGUUCAAAAAAAGAUGCCAUUUUGUAAUACUUUCCAUAGAUGUCAUAUACAUACAGUACUGAGUAGCUGAAAUGAAAAAAAAAAAUCUUUGAAGAUUCUUUUACUUUGAGGUCUUUUCAAACAAGAGGUGGAUGUCAAACACUAAGGAGUGGUAUUGAUUUCAAUGCAUUAAUGAUGAUUGUAUAUCUUUUUACAAUUUGUGUAGAAAUUGUCUCCGAAGGAGAAGUGUAUUUUGAUAUCAACAAUAAAUUUCUAAUCUAUA